AUGCCGGGUGCUCUCCUGCUUGUUCUCCACGCAAAGAACUCGACUCCUCUACUUCGUUCCGUUCCUCAGGAUUUGGAGCAGGAUGAAGGCAACACCGAGGAUUUCAGUCGCACUAUCGCCGGCGCAUUUGUCAGAUUCCAGGACGGAGGUCGCGUAUCCAACGUCUCACUCCCCAGCGACUUCUCUGCUGUGCAUCUCCGCGGCUUGCCCCAGGGCACCACUCCCCAAGCCGUCCAGUCCCUCUGCGCCGGGCAUGGUUUUGAGAUUCAGCAGAAGGACAUAUGGAUCAUGCAUCAGGAUGGGCUGUUUGCUGCCAACGUGCGGGCAGAAGAUCCAGCCUUCUCCAAGAAACUCUGCACUGUCAUGCAAACGGGACUCAUAUGGGACAAGUCUCGGAUCCAGGCAACUCCGGUCGCAGCCCGAAUGCCAACUGGCCACGCCCUGGGGCGCGUGGAUUGCAAGAAAGUCCAUGUUUCGUGGCACAAGGCCGUCCGGACUAUCUGGUUGAACUUCAGGAACGAUGCCAUCGCUGAACGAGUGAGACGGAAAUUUGCAACAGGCGCAUACACGGUUUUGGGCCAGAAAGUCCUGGCGGGUGCGCCGUCGCAGGCUUCGUCUUUGCCUUUUCGCUCACAUCGCCCUGCGGAUUGGACCGUGAGGUUGACGGAUGUCCCGGCGUCUGCUGGCGAGUCAGAAAUCUGCCGGGCAAUCUCACUGCAAGCGGAUAAACCGCAUCGCAUAAAACUGGAAACCCCAGGCUACUCCAUUGACGAUGAGCAAGCUGUAGCCAUGGUUCGAUCGCUUCUGACCAGAAUCGGUCCGGUUGAGUACUGGGAGGUGACGCCGGAGUCGACGGCCAAGCGCGCCAAGGCUACGGCACGCUUCUUCGAUGAAACGGAUGCCAGAGAUGCAGUCUCUCAGCUCAACGGGACCGAACUCCCGUUCCAUAAACACGGGAAACUCACCGUCCAGAUAGUCUUCUCCGCCAAGUUCAAGGCUAGGAGUGAUAUAUACAACGCCGUCAUGUGCCGGGUAAAUGCCCAUCUCGACGUGUGGAAGAAGAAACACGUUUGUUUCCGCUCGUACCCUAGUUCCAGGAUGCUGAAGGUUGAGGGGGAAUCGGACAAGGAAGUGGCCAGUGCCAAGGUCGUCAUGGAGAGCAUCCUUAGCGGUGUCGUUGCCAAGGACGGCCAACAAGGCCUCUGGGACUCGUCUCUCCAGCGAGACGGACACCUCUGGCGUUCGAUAAAGCAGCAGCAGCAGGAGCAGAAGCUGGGAGUCGUCGUGGUCCGCGACAAGGCAAAACAGGAGCUACGCCUCUUUGGAACCGAGAACAAAUGCAAGGAGGCUCAGAGGCAACUGGCCGACCUGUUGCACGUCGAGGCUUCUUCGGCUCAUGUCAUCGAGCUGGACACGCCCAAAUUUCGCUGGGCUUGCCGUGGCGGAUUGAAAGUGAUCAAUAGCCGACUCGGUGCCGAGAAAGCAGUUUUGGACGUCGUUGCAUCUCCCAAGAAGAUGGUCAUCUCGGGCUCUUGCGCGGACUAUGAUGUCGCGCUGGCAGUCGUCAACGGCCAAGAGCUUGUCGAGCAGCCGAAAUCCGAAACCCCCUCUGGCGCCGCCGUUGCAGAGGAUUGCUCCGUGUGCUGGAUGGAAGCGGAAGCCCCUGUUCGGACGGCGUGCCAUCACGUGUACUGCCUAGAUUGUUUCGAGAACAGCUGCACAGGAGUAUCAGCCUCCGGGGCCGACUUCGCCGUUCUAUGCCACGGCGGCCGGGGCAACUGCAACUGCGCGAUCAGCCUCCAAGACCUGCGUGAACACCUGUCCUCAGCCGCCUUGGAAGACCUGCUGGAGAGAUCUUUGGCGUCCUACGUCCGGCGCCUCCCGGACAAGCUCCGGUUCUGUUCCACUCCUAAUUGCGAUUAUAUCUAUCGAGUCACUGGACUGCCGGAGACGCACACCUGCGCCAACUGCCUGCAGCGCACCUGCUCCGCGUGCCACGAGCCUCACGUGGACAUAACUUGCGCCGAGUACAAAGAUAUCCGGUCCGGAGGUUAUGCCGCCUUCGAGAAACUGAAGAAAGAAGUUGGGAUCAAGGACUGCCCGAAGUGCAAGACGCCAAUCGAGAAGACGGCGGGGUGCAACCACAUGACGUGCAUGGCAUGCAAUGUCCACAUAUGCUGGGUAUGCCUCAUGACGUUCGACUCGGGCUCGCCCGUCUAUGGCCACAUGAACAAGAUGCACGGGGGUCAUGUCGACUGGGAUGGAAUGUAG